GACCUACGCUACAACAAAAAGGAUUGGACCCGCAAGCAUGAAUUCUACAUCAACAUAUGGGAGAAUAGAAAUCAGUGGGUGGUCCAAGGGGCGCCGGAGACAAGGCCAAUGGGGUACCACGAUGGCUACAUGCGGUGGUAUCGGCACUUCACGCUAAGAUGGGUGUCAAAGCAAGGUGCUGUUUGGGGCGCAGUGGUUGACGGUUUGGAGCAUGCGAAGCACACCGUCGAGAGUGCACCCACCAUGGAUGAGCGGAAGACAUCUUUUUUGCGCAGGCUUUUCAACAACUUGCUCUGUUGUACCAGAGAGCAAAGGAGGGAUGUCAUAUUAUACCCUCCAGUGCCUGCUCCGGCCCGACCUUCAUUCCGUGCUGAUGAGAGGAUUGUGCCCCCAGAAGAGCCCCCACGGAGGAGCAGAAGAAGGGUGAGAGAACACAUUGAUGAGCUUCGUCCGUCUCAACAAACUCAACUUCCUCAACCAUGGCCACAUUGUGAGUGGGCUACUAGUACUGAGGGAACCGGAGGGUCGUCAAGCUAUGCCCCGACGAUGGAGCAUGACAUGUUCACCCAAGCCACCCCUCAGUUCCACCAUCAGCAACAAACUACUCAGUAUCAGACCCCGCAACAACAACAUACAUCAUCGACUUUCUACCACACUUCUGGUCCAACUCAGCAACCUCCACCCCCACCACCUGUCUACACUCCGGUGGGUGGUCGGGUUAAGAGGAAUCCGCGCGCAGUUGUCCAGCGGGCUCGUGAAGAAGGAGGAGGAGGUAGAGAGGGCGGAAGAAGGGGCCGAGGAGGUCGUGGAGGAAGAGGAAGAGGAAGAGAAGGGGAAGUGGAGGGAAAUGAAGACAACCAGUGAACUAUCUAUGUCGUUCUAAUUUAGUUCCAUCUUUUUUUGUUUUCCAUGAACUAUCCAUGUCGUCUAAAUUUGGUUUGGGGCUUGUGUUGUUUUCCAUGAACUAUCUAUGUUUCUAAAUUUGGUUUCGGAUUGUGUUGUUUUCCAUUAACUAUCUGUCGGCUAAAUUUUGUUGGUUUUUA